AAGCCAAAGCUGCACCCGUUCAACAGCCUAGAUUUACGUUAUUACUUCUAAACAAAAUAGCUUUUUUGGCUUCUCAUACGCUUAAAAUGAUGGUUUGAUUCUUGCUUGAACAGUCGCUAAGAUUAUAUUUGGUUAUGAUCUUGGCAAAAUAACUAUUUUGGAUGGAGAAGUUGUUAGCUAGAAUGCUAACGCUCAUUGAUAGUCUAGCUGAAGAGCCAUUUUAUUGGUUGAAGUGUUUUUUAAAAAGUAUAAUGCGGUUAAUUUCUGAUGACCCAAACAUUAUAUUAAGCAGUACAUUAAUACGAGCCUUAAAAUCCAAAAGUAGUGUGAAAUGCACUCAUAUGCAACAUGUAAAUAGAGGCUUAUUUGCUGGCGUUCUAUAAGAACUCCCCCUUGUUCUCCUACCAAUUUGCGCUUAUCGCCCUCGUGCGGCAAUGUUUGCAAACACAGAAAGGGGACUGUACUAUGUUUUUCAUCAAUGCGUGCAGGACUAAAAUGGAGGAAAUGUCGAAGUGCUAUCACUUGUUAAAGCACGAGCCACUCUAGCCAAACGAUAUCCCCGCGCGUCCUCUUGGCUUGCAAUAUAAUUGGCUAGCUACCAAACAUUUCUGCAGGACCAUGAGGACUGAGUCUGAUCCAGGCUCAAUGAAACAGAAAAUAGACUCCAAUGACACUUGACUGCUUUGCAAGACAAGCAGUUAUUCUGUCAUGUUAGUUCAAUAACACCUGCGUUUUAUUCGCCAUGACUAUGAGAUCAACUUUGUUUGCUAAUGCAGGAUUUAAGCUGGACACAGAGAAACUUGACUUUGACAAAUCACACGUGGGAACUGCAAACGUCGUGAAUUCCAUAACCAUCAAGAGAGAAUCCUGUGACUUUGUCAUUGAUGUCCAUGACAUACAUGGGGCAAUCCACAAGACUGGAGGGGAGCUCCUCAGCAAAACAAAGCUCCUAGACCAGAAUUACAUAAUUCGGACCCCAGUGGCUGCUCAAAAUAAAGCGGAAGGGGCACUGGUUCAAGGCGACAAUUGGGAAAGCACAGGGGUGCUGUCAUCUUCCGUCAGACAAAUGGGGGGUGAGGGGAUCCCAAUUAAAGGUAAACUCAUUCUGAGUGACCGUAUGGAUAAUACAGAGUUGGUUUCAAACAAUAACUCCAAGGAUGCUGGUACUGAUGAGAGCACCAGAGGGGUCUCCCCUGGAGGAGUUGUCAACACUGCAUCCAUUGAGCUCAGCACAGAGGGCAAGUGGAGAAACAUCAGGAAAACCCCUGCUAACCCUCACACACAGGCCACCUGCCUCCAGCAGAUUCUCCUGCUUCAGCUGGACUUGAUUGAACAACAGCAACAACAGCUGCAGUCCAAGGACAAGGAGAUAGAUGAGCUGAAAGCGGACAAAGAGACGUUGCUGGCGCGUAUUGAGCGUAUGGAGCGCCGUUUGCAGCUGACGAGGAAAGACCCACGUGAUAAGCGCCUAUUUCAGCCGCUAGAGCCCUGGACCCCAGAUAAAGAGGACCUGUGGGAUCUAGAAGUGGGUGACAGCCCCCAGACUCCCACCCCUAGGUCACUCCCCUUCAGCCGAGGAGGCAAAGGCCUCAAAAGGAAAUUCUGCUUCCUGGACUCCAAAAUCCAGAAGUCACGAGGAGGCAAAGGCUCCAAGUUCGCCGCCUCUAAGUCAGAGUGUGGAGCUGGCUCUCCACAUCAGAGGGAGCUGCGCAAUAAAGAGACCCCAGAAAAGACUGGGUUUGGUCGGUCAGCGGUAGAGAGGGGUACUCUGCAAUCGAGCAAUGAGGACCCGGAGCUCACCGCUCGGAUGGAGGAGCUCCCUUUCAUGUCGACUACUGAGAUGUACCUGUGUCGUUGGCAUCAGCCUCCCCCCUCCCCCCAGCGCGAGCCAUCGCCAUCCCCAAAGAAAGAGGAGGUUGUGGCCAUCCCCUCUUGGAGGGAAAACAUUAUGGAGCCCUUGGAGGAGGAAGCUGCCAGUGUCAUCCCAGAGAUGUUGGACGACAGUGUCUUUUUGAAGCGACAUGCAAAGCUGGAGUUGGAUGAGAAGAGGAGAAAAAGAUGGGACAUUCAGCGUAUCCGCGAGCAGCGCAUGUUUCAGCGUCUGCAGCAGCGCAUGAACAAGAAGAAGGGGAUCCAGGAAAGUGAGCCAGAGGUCUCGUCGUUUUACCCGGACACUGAAGAUGUCGAGUCCAUAAUCAUCACCCCUUUCCUGCCUGUGGUGGCCUUUGGCCGGCCAUUGCCGAAGCUCACUCAACAGAACUUUGACCUGCCUUGGCUUGACGAGCGAAGCCGCUGCCGCAUUGAGGUGCCCAAGAAACACACACCACACCGGACUUGUCGGAAGUGAGGUGGUAUCUGCGUGUCAUGCAAAAGAAAGAGAGAGAGAGCGCACCCUUCCUUUACCACAUGUGAAAAGUUUAAUUUUGUGGGUUUAGGCUAUCAGUGGUGUAGCAUGCACCACUCUCAGUAGUCUGUGGGAAAGUAAACCACUGUCUUCCCGUGUGGUUACUUGCCAGCUGGCCUGGAGAAGGAGCUGCUGGAGAUAAAGAAAAUGGCUACCAAAUUGGUUAGCUAUUGUAAAUUAGGUGCCCAAUCUACUCAAAAGGAAUGAAAAGCUGCCCCCCCUUAGAUAACAGACCCCCUACUAACAAUUAAGUGAUUAUAAGGUAAAACACAACUGUUACUUAAUGUCUGUAGUAAGUAACUAUUUAGUAAUAAGCAUGUUCUGUGAAGCAAACCUGGGGAGCACAAACAUUUUCCAAAUGUUUUGGAAUUCGGUGUAAUGUAAUACUUAAUUACUGCAUCAUCACUAAAAUGUGUAACUUUUUAUUAUAACUACAUUAUUACAUAGUUGUCAACCUGACUUACCCUUUAGAUCCCAGUCCCCAAGUUAAGAGAAGUGAUAUUUUCUGAUUUGACUGAAUGGCAGUGCUUGAAUUGUACGAUAUGCACAUUGCUACAACUAACCCUGUAUGCUGGAAGCUCCAUUGGCAUUUACAUGCUCAGUGUUUUGCUUAGACUGAAACUCUGAACUAUUUGCUCUGUCUGUGUAUUAACUGUAAUAAUAUUUCCUUGUGUGGACACCGCUUCAAGCGAAAGGUUUUAUUAUUGUGCACUAAAGUGUGGAUAUAUGUUUGAUCCUCACUCUGCAUGUAUGUUUAAUCACAAAUGCAGUAAAUAUGAGAUAAAUGUCCUCUUCUGAUGCUAAAAUGUGUCCAUACUUUGCAUCAUGAAGAGAAGUUGGUUGUUUGAGUACUUCUUGGCAGAAAAAAUUGUCUGUUAAAUUAAUUUGAGAACCAUGGGUCUUCUACAGUAUGCUUCUUUUUCCCCCAAGAUUUUAUCAUGCAAGUUUGCAUGGUCUUUUUUGAGGUGACAAAUCUGUUCCAAGCGAUAUCAACUAUCAGCAUAUUAAACAUUUCCGCCGAGUACAAUUCCCGAGGAGAGUAAUAUCUGAUUUAAUUUCGAAAGCAUGACUCUGGCUGCAUUAUUCAAAAAGCACUGCUUUGUUUCUAGAACAUUCUCUGUGAGGAAUUUGCUCGUGUUUUUCAUUUAAGAUGUUUUUUUCCCCCAUUACAUCACAAUAAAUUGCAGUAGACAACUGAGGUUUAGAAAACAUGGGUUGGCAUUAGAGUAGCCUAAUCAGCUAGAGCACUCAAACUUAAUGCUGGGUGUUUUCCUUCUCUUAAAUGCUAGCUAUAUCUAACGAUAUUGGCAUCGAGCAGCUGGCGAUGUUAAGCUUGUGUUCUGUCAUGUGUUAUCGCGUCAACAUUUUUACUUUUGGCUCAAUGGCUUCCUGGCUCUCCGACGCUACAGACCGCAAAAUUGUUCUUCUGUACAUAGCUUUCAGGAACAAAUGUAAAUAUGAAAUACAUGGCUUAUUUUUGUAUUAUUUAAAUGUUUGUGUUGAGUACAUUCAAUAUUGUUCUAUGAUAAUUGAUUGUAUGUUGACGAAAUAAUUUACAAAAGUUUGUUUUGGAAUAAAAAUAAAAUUUGAGCUUAAUCUUCAA